AUGAUAAUUUUAUCUUUGCUUUUUUAUUUUUGUGAUCAUGUACUUACUCAAAAAUACGAGGGUUGUUUCAAAAGUUCUACAUUAGAUCCUGAUUUACCAACCCUGAUAUUAAAUCGUGCUAAUACACCAACAGAAUGUAUCAAAGAAUGUCGUUCCCGUUAUUAUAUGUUUGCUGGUUUAAUGAAUGGUCAGCAUUGCUUUUGUGGUAGUACAUAUGGUAGAAAAGGUGUAUCAACUUCCUGUACUGUGCUUUGCAUUGCUGAUCCAAAUAAUUAUUGUGGUAGUCAAGAUGCAGUGAGUAUUUAUUCAACUGGACAAACAGGUCCUAGUCCACCAAGAACCGUCGAAAUAAUUCAUAGUGGAUUAAAUAGCUUGCAAAUUACAUGGGAACCACCCGACAUUAGCAAUGGAAAUAUUACACAUUAUACUUUAAAAGCAGUGGUUGUUCAAACGUUUACUUUAAAUUUAAUACCAGCUGUAGAAAGUCAAAUACAAGGAGGAACUUCAAAGAAUACUAUUUUACAAGGUUUACAACCAGGCACAAAGUAUAAUGUAUCAAUUACUGCUACAAAUACUCAAGCAGAUAGUGAACCUAUCUAUAUUUUGGGAUGGACUUUAAUAGGUCCACCUAAUAAACCAAUAAUGCCAAAAAUAAUAGAACAAACAACUGAUACUGUAACUGUUUUAUUAUCAGAAGGAAGUAGUGAAUAUGGCCCAGUUAGUGCUUACCAAAUAUUUGUUUGUCAACUUGGUAUAAUACCUCCAUCAGGUCCCAAUGUAACCUACUACAAUUAUGAAACAUCAGUGCAACAAGGUUUGGGAUAUUAUAUUACUGGAGAAUUUGAAUCUUCAGAAUUUUACAAAUAUAAAAAAUUUAUAGUGGGAAAUGGAAAAAUGGUUGGUACAUAUUACAAUGCUCCAUUGAAUACUCAAACAAUGCCACAAAUAGGUUUAACGGUAAUUUCUAAAUUUCAAAGGCAAGUGCAGUAUGCUUAUUCAGAUUUAAUUAAUAGAUUGACAAGUUAUAAUGAAAAUGAAAAUGAUAACGUGACUUUAACAACAAUCAUACUUUGUGUUGCUAAUGGUCUUUUGGGAACAUUACUCAUCGCUUCGAUAGUAUUGUAUUUUAUAUUACGACGACGCUAUGAAAAAUUUCGAAUGAGAGAACUACCAGAACAGCAAGAACUUACAUUACAAGGGCCAUUGUACGAAGUUGACAAUUUAGCAUAUAUUCCAGAAGAUGUACCUGAAAGGGUAAAUCAUUAUCAAGAAUUGAAAAAAAAGGUGUGGAUUAUACCACAAAACUUACUGAUAAUUAAUGAUACUGUAAUACGUAGAGGACGAUUUGGUACAGUACACACAGGUGUUGUUGAGAAAAAUAACAAAUCCACUACAGUAGCAAUUCAUAAUAUAGCUGAUAAAUUAUUAAAAGCAUCUGAUAAAAGGCAUAUGUUACGAGAAUUAGAUAUUUGUAUUAAAGCAUCUCCUAUGAAGUAUCUUGCCGACCUUGUAGGAACAUGUGAAACACAUGAUACAUUACAUAUUGUACUUGAAUUGCCACCUCAAACAUUAAAAACUUGUCUAUUAGCUGCCAGAUCUGGAAAUAUAUUUCCUAUUGAACAAAUUUUACCUAUAGGAUCAAUGAUAGCAUCUGCUUUACAUCAUCUUGAAAAUUACAAAAUUGUGCAUGAACAUCUUUGUGCACGUAGUGUAGGUCUUUCAAAUCAAUGGAUACCCAAAUUAAUGGGUCAUGGAAUAUCCAAAUAUGCUUUAGAAGAUAUAAAAUAUACGCGGUGGACGUCUAUUGAAUGUCUUGGCAAUAAGAAAAAGCACCAAUCAGCAGUAGUCUGGGCUUUUGGUGUACUUUUGUGGGAAAUGCUUAGUAUGGGUGGUACACCAUAUUCUAAUUUUUCACUUGACAGUGAAGUGGAAGAAGCAAUUGAGCAAGGAAUUAUAUUACCACAACUACCAGAUAUUCCUGAUCCAUUAUAUGAAGUUAUGUCAUCUUGUUGGAGUAUGGAAAGCCAGGAAAGACCAUCAUUUGCAGAAUUAACGAGAUUGGAAACUUUAAGCAUUUGUCCAAUUAUGGGAAUUACAGAACCAUAUUUACCAGAAUUAGAAUUAAAUUAA